UGAUGGAUGCCAAAGCCCUGGACCCGAACACGUGUGACGCCACGCUGGGCGGAAUUUACGCACCGGUGCGCACCGCGCCCCGGCCGACCCAGACCCAGACCUAGACCUACACCAGCACCAAGUCCGAAUCUAGCAUCAGUUGGACUAGAAGCAGGUGUGUUCCGUCCACAUCCAGCAGGUUCAGAUGUUCAUUUUGGCUUAAAUGGAGCCGAAAGUCUGUGCGUAAAGCGUGUUUUCCUGCGUCUUCGUCUCCUCCAUGAACCAUGUCUGAGGGAACCAGUCCAGAGGAACCCCAGGAGGUGAACCCUGAAGGUGAAGAGCAUCCAGAUGAAGACUCACUGGGCUUUGGACAGGAUCUGGAGUUGAAUCAGUUCGACGGUUUGCCUUUUUCCUCGCGUUACUACAAACUUCUGAAACAGAGGAAGGGUCUGUCCGUGUGGAAGGUGAGGGGGGAGUUUGAAGAAGCUCUGGUCCACAACCAGCUGGUCCUGGUGUCUGGAACAGCCAAGACUGGGAGGAGCACACAGGUUCCUCAGUGGUGCGCAGAGUUCUGUCUGUCUGCUCAGUACCAACACGGCAUGGUGGUGUGUACGCAGACCCACAGGCAGCAGGCCGUGGACCUGGCCUUAAGAGUGGCCGACGAGAUGGACGUCAACAUAGGCCACGAAGUGGGUUACACCAUCCCCCUGGAGACCUGCUGCAGCUCCGACACUGUCCUCAGAUACUGCACCGAUGACAUGCUGCUCAGAGAGAUGAUGUCCGACCCAUUUCUGGAACAUUACGGCGUCAUCGUCAUUGACCAGGCCCAUGAGCGGACGGUGAGCACGGACCUCCUUCUGGGUCUCCUCAAGGACGUCCUUCUGCAGAGGCCGAAGCUCCGGGUGGUGGUCCUGGCCGCCCCCCCCUUCACCGAUAAACUGCUGGGCCACUUCGGCGACGUCCCGCUCAUCCGCCUGGAGGCCUCCUGUCCCGUCGAGGUCGUCCAUAGCAACAGCGGCAGCAAAGACCACUUCUACUCAGCGCUCAGACUGGUGUUGGAGAUCCACCGCACCAAAGAGGACGGAGAUAUGAUUGUGUUUUUGGCAUCAGCAGAGGAGGUUGACUGUGCCCGGAGCAUCCUCCAGAGGGAAGGCACCAGGCUGGGGGCAGAGCUGGGUCCGAUGGUUCCUGUGGUUCUGAACCCGCCCCAGCGAGGGUUACUGCCCAUCCUGAUAGAGGAACCGGACGCCAGAAUGUCCAGGAGGGUUUUCCUGUCGGCGCCACAAGGGGAGGACAUGUGGUGGCCGGCAGAGUCCGUCAACUUCAUCAUUGACACAGGAGUCCAGAAGAAAAUGGUGUACAAUCCCAGGAUCAGAGCCAACUCUGAGACGCUUCAGCCAAUCAGCCGGUGUCAGGCGGACGUCCGCAGGCAGCUGUCCGCUCCGACAGGUAAAUGUUUCUGUCUGUAUCCAGAGGAACCUCGUCUUCCUGCAGAGACGUCCUCUCAGAUCCUGGAGUCCAACAUCACACCUACUGUCCUGUUUCUAAAAAGGAUGGAGAUCGCCGGCCUCGGACAGUGUGAUUUCAUCGACAGACCAGAUCCUGAGGGUCUGAUGCAGGCUUUGGAGGAGCUGGACUACCUCGCAGCUUUAGACGACGACGGUAACCUGUCCGAGAUCGGGAUCAUCAUAUCCGAGUUCCCCCUGGACCCUCAGAUGGCCAAAGCUCUGCUGGCGUCCUGCGAGUUCGACUGUGUGAGUGAGAUGUUGACCAUCGCAGCCAUGUUGUCAGCACCGAGCUGCUUCCUGGAGCCCAGCGCCGGUUUGACCCACGAGGCCGUCCACUGUCACAGGAAGUUCCAGCACCCUGAAGGAGACCACUUCACCCUGAUCAGCAUCUACAACACCUUCAAACAGAACCAGAGAGAGCAAGGUAUGUGUGUUGAAAAGUGGUGUAAGGAUUAUUUCCUGGACCACGGUGCCCUGAAGAGAGCCGACGCCAUUAGAUCUGAAUUAACCGACAUCCUGAACCGGAUCGAACUUCCCAUCUCUCAGCCUUCGUUUGGAACCAAAACCAACGCCCACAACAUUAAAAGAGCUCUGCUGGCCGGGUUCUUCAUGCAGAUUGCUCGAGAUGUGGACGGAUCUGGGAACUACUUCAUUCUGACCCACAAACACAUGGCUCAGGUCCACCCACUGUCCGGCUACGGGGCCCAGUCUCAGAAACUGGGGCUACCGGAGUGGGUCAUAUUCCAUGAAUACACCCUGUCGGACAACAACUACAUGAGGACAGUGUCAGAAAUCUCCCCUCAAGUGUUCAUCCAAAUGGCACCGCUGUAUUUCUUCUAUAAUCUGCCCUCUAGUGAAAGCAAAGACAUACUGCAAGACAUCCUGGACCCAGACGGAUCCAGGAACUGUAAAGACGGGAAACAGAGACCCCUGACGAGCAACAGCGACUGCACAACGGAGUCGCAAACAUACGACCGAUGUGUGAUUCAGUGAGAUAAGAAUUUACAUCACAUGGCUCUGGGUCAUUUAUUCCACUGCUCUGGAUACAGCUAAGUCAAGAAGUUUAACACAGAAAGACCCAGUACUGCUUUUGUGGCAGUUCCCAAAUGAUUUUUUCUCUAUUUUUUAACAUUUAAGUGAUUUACCACCUUUUAUUUUAACCCAUAAA